UAGAAGAAUGGGAUCUAGCUAGCUGCUUCCGCAAUCCUAGUCUCAAUAUGAGGAAAAUUCCUACAGUGCUAAUGGGCUCUCAGUGUCGACGACUGGUCUCUCUGAUCUUGUUAAGUAAAUCCUAUGGGAUUUCUCAUCAGAGUGCAGCUAAACCAGAGAAGGGGUUGACACCUGAACAACUAGUGCAUAGUGAAGAUACAAGCUGCCUUGGUGCCCUUUCAGAGAAUAUUGCUUGUAGCAGCCCAAUUCCAAAGAAGAAAUUUGCAAUAUUAAUGGCAUAUUGUGGUCUUGGCUAUUAUGGUAUGCAGAUGAAUCGAAGCAGACCAGAUCUUCCAACUAUAGAAAGUACAUUGAUGUCAGCACUAGUUGAGGCUCAUUGUGUUCCAGAAAUGAUAGAAAAGAGGCAACUGCGGUUCCAGAGGUGUGCUCGUACAGAUAAGGGGGUCUCUGCCUUAGGCCAAGUGGUAUCUUUGAGACUUCUAACAUCCUGCACAAAUCCAGUGGAGAAAAUCAAUUCAAGUCUUCCCCCUGAAAUCCGUAUAAUAGAUAUAAAAAGAGUAACGAAAGGAUUCAGCUCCAAGAACAUGUGUGAUGGACGGUCAUAUUCCUACAUGGUACCAACAUUUGCUCUUUCUAAAUAUGCUCCAUCCAUCCCUGACUCUAGGUUUCGUUUGCCCCGGGAUGACUUCCACCAAGUCAAUAGUUUUCUCUCUUUCUACAAAGGAACUCAUAAUUUUCACAACUUUACCACAAAGACAAGUAGUGAUGACCCCAGUGCUUGGAGACACAUAUUUGACAUUUCCUGCUCUGAACCAUUUGUUCAUCAUGGCAUUGAGUUUGCUUACAUUAAUGUUACAGGACAUAGUUUCAUGCUGUACCAGAUAAGAAAAAUGGUCGGCCUGAUCAUAGCAGUAACCAAAGGUGUUGUUACUUCUGAUCUUAUUCCACAGUGUGUACAGAUUGACAAGGUCAAUAUCCCUCCCGCACCUGGGCUUGGUUUGGUUCUUGAGAGUGUUUAUUAUGAAAGAUAUAACAGACGUUAUGGUGGUGAUGGAGUCCACCAGGAACUAAAAUGGGAAGAAAGUUUACCUUUUGUGGCUUCCUUCCGAGAAAAGAAAAUAAUACCAGUUAUCCUUAACGGUGAAUUGGACAACUUUUCCAUGACUUACUGGCUAGACCACAUUAAAAAACAUAAUUUUAUUGGAUUUAACACUUACAGAGACCUUUUAUGCAGUCAUGCUUAAGAAAUCUAGGAAUAACAUGUUUUUUUUAUACAGCUUCAAAUUUAUAUUCUUAUAAUAAAGUUAUUUAAACAGCAA